UGUUGGAAGCAAGGAGGUAAAUGCUGUGAAUUGCAAAACAUGCUGGAAAGUGUCUCUGUUUUUGGAGUUUAGUGAAGAUCAAGAAGCUAUACUUCGAGGGGGAGAUGUUGUAAGGAUGUUCCAUGCUGAGCAAGAGAAAUUCUUGACUUGUGAUGAUUACAAAAAGUGUUCUGUGGUAUUUCUUCGUGCAUCUGGACGGGCCAAGCCAACAGAUGCAACUAGCAGCAAGGCAUUGUGGGAAAUUGAGGUUGUACAAGCAGACCCUUGUCGUGGGGGUGCUGGUCGAUGGAAUAGUUUGUACCGCUUUAAGCACCUUGCCACUGGACGAUACUUGGCAGCUGAAGUGGAUGAAGAUGAGACCGAAGAUUCUAAUCGAUCAAAACUAAGAGGACCAGCUGGGACUGACGCAUUGCAUCUUGUGUCAGUGGAACAUGGUCAUGACAUUGCAUCAAUAUUUGAGCUUGAUCCAACUACAAUAGAGGGAGAAGACCAGUUAGUUGCCAGAAACUCUUAUGUGAGAUUACGCCAUUUGUUUACCGAUACAUGGGUUCACUCUACAUCUAUUCCAAUUGACAAAGAUUGUGACAAGCCAGAGAAAUAUAAAGUAGGAGUUGCUAGACUGAAAGAAGACAAAGAAGCUUUUGCUGUUGUUCCUGUACUUCCCUCUGAGGUUAGGGAUUUGGACUUUGCCAAUGAUGCAAGCAGGGUGCUGAAAGAAAUGGCAGAAAAAAUGGAGAAGGAGGAAGUCUCCACUACAGAGAGAAAGAAGCUGACACAUCUUCUUACAGAGCUCAUCUUUUUUGUUGCAAAGGAAGACAAUACAGGGCAGGAACCUCUAGAAGUUAAAGGUAGGGAACCUGAUCGAGACAGGCAAAAGCUUCUCAGAGAACAAGAUGUGUUAAGGCAGGUUUUUCACAUACUUGAUGCAUGCUUUUCUACUAACCACGGACGCCCAUUAUGCCGGUUGGAAGAUUUGUGCCAAAAGAAAAAUGCUCCACUACGGUACGUUUGUCAAUUAUGCUAUUGUCUGAUUCGUCACAGUCAGACUAGUUACAGGAAGAACCAGGAAGAUAUUGCAAAGAAGUUUCCCUUUAUGCAGCGACAAAUUGGUUAUGAUAUUUUGGCAGAAGAUACUAUCACAGCACUUUUGAACAACAACAAGAAGUUGCUAGAGCAAUAUAUCAAAGGAAAAGAGAUAGCCACAUUUAUCAAUUUGGUACGACAAAAUAGACAGCCAAGGUUUCUGGAGUAUUUGUCGGAUCUGUGUGUGUCAAAUGGCCAAGCAAUUGCAGUUGUGCAGGAGCUGAUUUGCAAUGCAGUUUUAGAUUCUAGCAGUUUGGAUGUCCUUAUCAGAACCCAGUUGGAAGGUGGUGAGGUGUUGCUGCAGAUUCCUGGGGAAGGUGAGAGACGUUCUCUAAAAGGAUUGGCUCGUGGUGCACUCCAAGAUCGAGACAGGGAUUAUCAGACUCUACAAUACUACAAGGCUCAACUUGACUUGUAUGCAAAGAUGUGUUUAGACCGACAAUACCUUGGAAUUAAUCAUCUUAAAAGCGAGCUUACUGUACACAUCGUUCUUAUGUGCAUGGGUGAUGGAGAUCUUCCAUGUGAUCUUCGUGCAUCAUUUUGUCGCAUCAUGCUUCAUCUGCACGUCAAUUGUGAUCCACAGGAGACUGUACAACCUGUAGAAUUAGCUCGGCUGUGGGAGGACAUUCCUGAUAAUUUGACCAUUGUUGACUACAUGGCAUGGAAACGAGAUGAUAGCACUCACUGUAGAGAAGAGAGGAAGAACAGAGAUGUUCCAGCAAGUGAUGAAUUUGAGUCAAUACCAGCAUAUGCAUUUCUCAACAACCGCUCUGAGCUGUCGAAAACAAAGCAGUUUGUUGACUCAUAUCUCUAUAAAUUGCAGGAUGAUCAACUGGCAUUUUCAGAUAGGGAACGAAACAAACUGACAUAUGAGGUGGUCCUUUUGGCAAAAAAUCUAGUUUACUUCGGAUUUUAUGGCUUUAAUGACUUACUGCAACUCACAAGGAAACUUUUGAAUAUUCUUGAUUUUGCAGACAAUGAGGUGCCAUGCUCAGAUCAUCAGUCAAGACAUAGACUUUCUGUAGUUGGAAGAGCAGUGGCAUCAAUGCGAUUGACAACUGAAUCAUGGGUAGAGCAGGACAGUAGGACGAUGUUGACUAAUGUUGUUGAAGCUGCCACAAACACGUUCAUUCGAGGAGAGAGAAAUGCCGAUCGUGAUAAAGUUGUCAUGGAAAUCAAAAUGAAGAUGAUUGAGAUUUUCCAAUUUAUUUUUGAUGUCCAGCUGGAUUAUAGAAUUUCAACUUUGCUUGUUAUCUUCAAACGGAAGUUUAGCAGCAAGGGAAAUGCUAUGGAUUUGAAUGAAAUGUCUCAAGAUGCAGAAGCAGUGUUUACUGGUUGUAACUCAGAAGUAGCUGAUCUUGAUGGUCGUGGUGGUCGUAAGAUUGUACGGGUCCUUCUUAGUCUCUGCAUGCACAAUCACACAGAACUUGUGAAUGGUGCAUUGAAGCUACUGUUUCGUCAGUUCAGACAAAGAGAUGAUCUUGUGCAAUCAUUUAGACAAGUUCAACUGCUUGUUUCUAAGGAAGAUGUUGAAAAUUAUCGUCAAAUUCGCCACGAUUUAGAUGAGUUACGGGGACUAGUGGAGAAGUCUGAGCUGUGGUUGGUAAAGACUACAUCUCAGGAAGCAACAAAUGUGAAGACGCCGAAGACUCCAGCGCAGCUUCGGAGACGAGGCAGUAUUGCAUCUCAUGCAGGAGAUAUUGUACGAGGUAGUCAAGUAGUGCAAGAUGGUCAGCUGCCUCCUCUCAGAAGUCGGUUAAACAGUGAGACGAAAUUUGAUUCUGAGUUACAGACAGCCAAACAGCAUGCUACAGCUGCCAAGAAUUACAAUUCUAUUUCUAAUAUUCUGGGUCGUUUGACUCGACUUUGUGUGCAAAGUCCUAAGGGAAAAUCAAGACUCCACGAACAACGUUUGUUGCGAAACAUGGGAGCUCACACUGUGGUGUUGGAUUUGUUACAAGUUCCAUAUGACAAAUCUGAGGACCAUCAAAUGAGGAAGGUGAUGGUGGAUGCUCAUGAAUUUUUGCAGCAUUUCUGUUUUGGUUACAAGCCUAAUCAAGCUCUGUUGUAUAAACAUUUGGACUUGUUCAUGAACUCUACGUCUAUUGGAGACACAUUGCUACACGCGGAGACAGUUCGGCACAUCUUUCAAGACAAUGCUGAUCUUUGUCAAAAAGUGACAGAUAGUGUGGUGCAGCAUUUUGUUCAUGCCAUACAGAAGGAGCGACAUGUCAAAUUUCUCUACUUUUUACAAACAGUAGUGAAAGCAGAGGAAACACAUCUUCGGAGGAUACAGGACAUGGUUAUGCAAGAGCUGGUGAAUGCUGGGGAUGAUGUUCUGUUGUUUUACAAUGAUUCCAAAGGAUUUGAAAAUUUGGUUUCACUGAUGGUGUCAGAGAGAGAGCGUUGCAAUGAGAACAGUGAUCUAAAGUACCACAUUAACUUGGUUAAAUUGCUUGCUCUUUGCACUGAAGGCAAGAACGUUUACACUGAAAUCAAGUGUCACAGUCUUCUUCCAUUGGAAGAUAUUGUCCGUGUUGUGACUGAUAACCAAUGUCUUCCACAGGUGAAAGCAGAAUAUGUGAACUUUCUGAAUCAUUGUUAUGUGGACACUGAAGUUGAGAUGAAAGAGAUAUUUAUGCUGCCGUUCAUAUGGACUUUGUACGAGAAUUUUCUUCUCGACAUUGACACGGUAUGCAGUACUAGCUAUGAUGAUGAUCAAAGGGACCCUGUUCUUGAAAAUUACAUUACUAAUACAAUCAUGCAGUUGCUACGCAUGUUCUUUGGAUCGCCUUUUGCUAAUCUAGGAAUCAUUAUGUCGUCUCAUCAGGAAAUAUUUAUUCGGCUUUUGUCUGGAUGCUAUCGGAUUUACAGAUGCCAGUGGGCCAGUGGUGAACAGAAGCAUUCAGUAAUGCAAACAGUCAAGAAACUGUAUGAAAUUGCUACCGACAGAUCAGUAGCUGUUCCUGUUGAUCUUCAAAAAGAUUUACGAUCUCUUCUAAGUACAACACGACUAAGCAAGCAAACUGGACGGAAAUGGCUAAAGAGCACAUUUGGUCAAAGGCGGCACAUAUUACCUGCUUGUGAAGAACCUCAGAUUGUAGAGGCAUAUCAGAGACUUCUGUUGUUGCUGGAAAAGAAAACAGAACCUGAAGUGCAUGCUGAAAUGUCUCUUUUAGUUGAUAUAAUGUUCAGUCCAGAGUUGCUUUUCCCUAUAGCAACAAUUGGUUAUCAACGAGCUGCAAAUGGCGGUUUCAUGCAAAAAUUAAUUGGUCACACUGAGAAGCUGCUGCAUGAAGGAGAAGAGAAGCUAGUAGUUCAAAUAUUGACAACAUUGCAACGCACAUCUGAGCAGUGCUCUGAUACUGGUCAUGCAAUUCGCGAAGCAUUGUUAACGCAGUAUUUUGGACAGACCUCUACUGAUAGAGAUGGCCGUAUUGUGCUACCACGACAUUCACAGUCUCGACGUGACAUUCAAAUCUACUUGGAUUAUUGCAGAGCUAGUGACUUAAUUGUUAACCUUGUCAUGAAUGGCCCCAGUCAGGAAGUCUUUCUUGAAAGCAUUAAACUUGGUAUUGUUUUGCUGGAUGAAGGAAAUGAAGUUGUUCAGCACUCUCUAUAUCGAAGAUUUACGGACAGCCAUUGUGAAGCUUUCUUUAAUGAGAUAAGGGAACACAUGAGGGAGGCUCAAGCUGAGAUCAAGAGUAGCUACAACUUUAAUCCUUCUGAUGUUGGGGCAAUGGGAGGAGAACCAAUGAAUGUUCAAGAAAUUUCUUCAUCAAACAGUCAAGUGACAGCUUUGUUGGGUUCUCUGAGAGAAAGAGAUUUGUCGUAUCCAACUUCUGAUGAAGGAGAUACAACACUGAGCUAUACACAGGCAGCAGCUCUGGCAAAUGGUUUACAUGGAGUUACGGUAUCAGAAUUGCAAUCGGUAGCCCUUGGUCAGUCAUCUUCAUCUGACUCUACACUGACAGCAAGUGAUGCUUUAUCUCGUCGUGGAUCAGUAAUUUCAUCACCUGUGUCUGUCAGUAGUUCUAGUAUGGACAGUGCUGAGAUGGCGUGUAUGUUGCCAAUACUACGAUUCUUACAGCUGACUUGUGAGAAUCACAACAGGGAAUUGCAAAAUUACCUUCGUCGACAAGAACAUAGCAAGACUAGCUACAAUCUGAUUAAUGAAACAUUAUCAUUUCUUGACUGCAUUUGUGGCAGCACAGCUGGUGGUUUGGGCCUGCUAGGUUUGUAUAUUAACGAGACUAAUGUGGAACUGAUCAACCAGUGUCUUGCAACAUUAACUGAAUAUUGCCAGGGACCAUGUCAUGAGAAUCAAAAGGCAAUAGCUAAACAUGAGUCCAAUGGUAUUGAUAUUAUUGUUUCAUUGAUUCUCAAUGACAUACAGCCACUUGGACAGACACACAUGGAACUUGACUUAUUGCUUAAGAGCAAUGCUUCAAAAUUGUUACUGGCGGUAAUGGAGUCUCGCAAAGACAGUGACAUGGCAGAAAGGAUUAUGUACAAUAUGCAGCCUCGACAGCUGAUUGAGCGAUGCAAACUAGCAUUCAGUUUGGAUGCUACAGAAGGAGCAGACGACACGAGUGGCUCACCAAGGCAUGUAGGACAUAACAUGUAUCUCUUAGCAUCGCAGUUGGCUCAGCACAAUAGAGAGCUUAACGAUCUGUUGCAAAGUGAACAAGAUCCAGCUCUUGAAUACUAUGCAAAACACACUGCCCAAAUUGAAAUUGUCAGAGGUGAUCGAAGUAUGGAACAGAUUGUGUUUCCUGUUCCCAGUGUUUGUAAAUAUCUUACCCAGAGAAGCAAAGACCAUGUUAUUGCAUCAGCAGAAAGAGAUGAGAAAGGAAGCAAAGUGGGUGAUUUUUUUGGACGGUCUGAAAAUUUGUGCAAGGAAAUGAAAUGGCAGAAGAAUUUGUUAGAUCGUCCAAAGUUGUUCACAAUUAGUCAGAAUGAAUCCAUGUGGGCAUCUGUUUCAUUCUACUUUGCUGUAAUUAUCAACAUUCUUGUUGCCUUGUUUUAUCCGUUUGGUGACUCUGUAGGUGAGUUGGAUUCCAAUCUAAGUGUCAUUGUUUGGGCAACAAUGGGCACUUCUUUGCUGAUGAUAAUAAAGAUGCCACAACCACGUGGUUACAUGACGUUUGCUGGAUCUACCGUUGUUCGUCUUGUUUAUUCAGUUGGGCUUAUACCUACUCUGUGGCUUCUUGGGAGUCUUCAAGUUUUGAAUAAGAUUAUUUUUCUUGUGGGAUUUCUUGGCAAUAGAGGCGUGUUUUACAAGGACGAGAUGGGGACAUCUGACACUGUUCCUCUCACAGUUUUGUUGAAACAGAAAGACUUCCUGUAUCACAUUGGCUACUUGACAGUGUGCUGCUUUGGCAUGUUUAUUCACGAAUUCUUUUAUUCUGUUCUGCUGUUAGACAUAGUUGUUCGAGAGGAAACACUUCUAAAUGUGAUAAGCAGUGUUACGAAGAAUGGGCGAUCAAUUUUACUGACGGCUAUUUUAGCUAUUAUUCUUAUCUACAUGUUCAGCAUCAUAGGCUAUAUGGUGUUUCAGGAUGACUUUCUGAUAGCUGUAGAUGAGGCUUCUGGUGAGAUACCUGUGGCAGCAACAGUAGUUACAACAGCUGGAGGUGUGUUGUCAACUACAGCUUCUGGAGUUGCUUCAAAGUCUUCACCUUCUGAAGCUGUGGAAGAUUUAUGGUGGAUUGCAUCCACCUUUGACAGACUGCAAAAGUGGAGAAACUGGUGAUAACAGCUGUUCAGUGUUGUCUACAGUAGACAAUGAACCAGAAGGCAAAGAGCGGUCAUGUGACACACUUCUGAUGUGCAUUGUUACUGCACUAAAUCAGGGUAUAAGAAAUGGUGGAGGACUUGGUGAUGUUCUUCGUUAUCCUUCAA